AUGGAGACUCUCUCGAUUUCCUCCGCUUCGUUGUUUACCGGCGGCGUCAUUCCUCCGCCGCAAAUGAGGCUUGCUCCGCCGUAUCUCCUUCGGAAACCUCCGAACAGGAAUUCUCCACGCUUGUCCGCCUUUAAUGCCGCUUCUCGCUCUGUGAUUGAGCUAGUGGAGGAGGAUGUGUUGCAAAUGUUCUUGAAAGACAGAGAAGAAAAUGGAGAUUUCAUUUCUAGAAUUUCUGAUAGGCUUUGGCUGAGAGAGAUUCUUGAUUCUAUUGAUGUUAGUUCUAAUGGAUCCUCUUCAACUCUUGGACUAGAUAAUCAGGAGAGCUCGAUUGAUGGUGGAUAUGAUGAUGAAAGUGGGUUCUUGAAACUUAUACCGACUCAAGAAUGGAUUGAUGGGGAAAGUGAUUCUGCACCCAUGAAUAAGAAAGCUCUAGCUAAGGCAUUACGGGAUGACAGCGAGAGAAGGAAGAAACUCAACUUUCUGAAAUAUGAAGCUUUGAAGCGUGAACUGAUGUACCUGUCAAUUGUUAUUGGAACGGGGUGCAGCGGAUAUUGCUUAGUGGCUUUAUCAGCACAGGCUGCUGUCAGUUAUGCAGUUGGGGUUCUUUUCAGUUGCUUGUACCUUCAGCUUUUGUAUGGAUAUGCUGAUGGUUUUUCACGGGAAGCUGUUCCCGAUAUCUUCCUGAAAAAAAAGACCAAAAAAAUCGGGAUUAGAAGUGAAGACCUUGAGAAUUUUGUUGAGAGGACCAUCAGGGGCAGCGGCAUGGCUCUCUCUUCCCCACGUUUAGUGAUUCCAGCUGCAAUUUAUGCUUUGUGGAUACUCUCUCACAAGUAUUUACAAAAUGACUUGUUCGACUUUCAGAUAGUUCCAGCCAUGGUUGGAUUGUUUGUAUACAAAGCCGCAGCUCUGGUUCAAGUGUACAGAGACAACCAAGAUCUUCAGUUCAUCUUCCCAGACGACUAA